AUGACACGAAUCCGGUAUAGGCAUUCCACGUACAACGAGGAGGACUGGAUUAAUGAACUUCUCAUAGGGCACGAUGGAAGAUUCUACGAUGCAAUGGGUAUGAACAAGAAACUUUUCAAAUUGCUUUGCAAAGAAAUAAAACAGACGGGUUUCCAUGGGGAUGCAAUACAGCAAAAGGAUUGCAUCGGUGCCAUCGACGGAACCAUCAUACCAGCUUGGGUUCCUGAAGACGAUCAUGGGAAAUACAAUUGUCGAAAAGGUUACUUGUCCCAAAAUGUUAUGGUCGCGUGCGACUUUGAUUGCAAGUUCACUUACGUUUUAGCGGGAUGGGAAGGCAGGAAAUAUUAUGUGGUCGACUCAGCCUAUGCCAAUGUCCCGGGAUUCAUGUCACCUUACCGUGGUGAUAGGUACCAUCUUCCGGAGUGGAUUCGCUCUAACCAAACACCUAAAAAUGCGAGAGAGCUCUUUAACCGACGUCAUGCCACUGUCCGUAAUGUGGUUGAACGUACCUUUGGUAUAUUGAAAGGUAAGUUUCCCAUUAUGAAAGGCCUAAUGCCAAACUACACGCCUGAGUUCCAAACAGACAUAGUUAUCGCAUGUUGUGUUGUACACAAUUUCAUCCUUGAGCACCAAAAGUUCGAGAAUGUACCGUCGGCCAUACAAGACCCGGAUUACAUACCAGAACCAGACGAAGAUGAUCAUACAAUGCCUUUGAUGACAACUUUAGAUACCUCUAAUGUUGGUAUGCGUGAAUAG